AAACAAACUCCUCCCUUUCCCUUCUGCUUCUCAAAUCAUGUCAUCUGUUUCCUCUCUGCCAUCCCUUCCUUCUUCGAUGGGAGCUUCGAAAAACCUUAGAAACCUGGUUCGGAAACGAUCUCCAAACCCUGAUUUCAAAUCCUAAUCCUAGAAUUCGGGAUUUUGCAGGCCCUGGGGCCAUGUUUCGGUGGAACAUCGCCAGGUCGGCGGAGGCGAUGUUCUCCAGGUGGGCUAUCAAGCGCGUAUGCAAAUUCCUGUUGAAGAAGAAGCUGGGGAAGUUCAUACUCGGAGAUAUUGAUCUUGAACAGCUCGACGUCCAGCUUGGCAACGGCACCAUCCAGCUCACGGACCUCGCCCUCAACGUCGAUUAUCUCAACCAGAAGUUAGGAGAGACACCAGUCACCGUGAAAGAGGGAUCCAUUGGCUCCAUACUAGCUAUAAUUCCUUGGAAGGUUAGUAAUUGUCAGAUUGAAGUGGACGAACUUGAGCUUGUUCUUGCUCCUUGUGCAGGGAGCGAUUUACAAGCAGACACAGAUAAACUUAUUUCGGGUCAAGAUGGUAAACAAUCUGUGAGGGGCAGUUUAGAAAAGGUAGAGUCUGAAGCGUUUCAUGGCAGUGAUGGAUCCAUUUCUCUGGAUGUUCACGAAGGAGUCAAGACAAUUGCCAAGAUGGUUAAAUGGUUGCUAACAAGCUUCAAUGUAAAAAUUAAAAAUCUGAUUGUUGCUUUUGAUCCCUGUUUGGAGAAGGAUGAUAAGCAAUUGGAUUCUCAUCGAAUUCUGGUUCUCCGUAUUUCGGAAACAGAAUAUGGAACGUGUGUGUCUGAAGAUUCUAGCACAAUUUCUGAUUCAAGAGAUGACAACUUUCUAGGGAUGACUAGAUUAACGAACUUUGUUAAGUUCCAAGGAGCAAUACUUGAGCUUCUUCAAACCAAUUGUGAUGGUAAUCAGUCACCGAUUUCAAGUGCUUCGGGAACAACCUUCAGUGAUAGAUAUACUGGAAGCUCACCUUCAGGUACUACAACUCCAGUUUUGAACGGGGAAAUUGGUGGGUUCUCAGGGAUGCUGAAAUUGAGUAUACCUUGGAAAAAAGGUUCUUUGGACAUUCGCAAGGUGGAUGCAGAUCUUACUAUCAAUCCUGUGGUAUUAAGGCUUCAGCCCAGCACCAUAAAUUGGAUCAUAUUCUCAUGGGAAUAUCUCAAGCAUGUGGGUAUUGAUGGAAGAAGUGAUAUGCAUCACCAAGCUACGGAGUCUGUCUGCCUUAAUUCUGCAUCUUGCUACCAUUCUUUUACCUUGGAUUCUGAUGUAACAGUGACAUCAAGCAGUGAGAAAUUGACAGCAGGCAUAUGUUCUCUCAGUCAGGAAACAACGGUAGAUGCUUCAUUGCCAGGCCCACAUGUGAUCUCUAACUGGGUGCCACUAUUGAUCAGCAAAAACCAUGGAGCUGAGGCAGAAACAGAAUACUCUGCAAGCAUUGAUCAAUUUUUUGAAUGCUUUGAUGGAAUGAGGAGUUCCCAAGCAGCUUUAGCCAACACUGGUAUAUGGAACUGGAGCUGUUCCGUUUUCAGUGCAAUAACAGCUGCAUCCAGCUUGGCUUCUGGGUCUGUGCAUAUCCCAUCUGAGCAACAGCACGUGGAGACAAACCUUCGGGCAACUGUUGUUGGUAUUUCUGUUGUUCUGUCAUUACAUGAUGAGGACCAGGAUCAUCCACGUGUUUCAAGAAGCUGUUAUGGAAAUACUGGGGACCUUAAUGAAAUUAGAUCUAGCGGCUGCUCAACCAACUGUGUCUCUGCGACACCUACCAUUUCUUCCAUGAACCUCGAGCAGUCAAACUUUUCUGCAGUUAAUCACAUUGGUCAAAAUGUACACUAUCUGGAAGCAAAGUGCCAAGACCUAGUUUUUACUCUGCAGAUUUGUUCUAAAAAGUUGACAUUUGAAGCCAUGAUAAAGCACAUCAAUGUCGAUGAUUACUUCGGUAGUGGAAGCAAGGUUGUGGAUUCCAGCAUCUCAAACCAUGAACAAGGCAUUUAUGGCCAGAAGCUUUCAGUCCAACAGUUGCAGGCAAUUGUUCAAGGUGUUCUGCCACCAUUUACUGAUUCAGAAGAAACAGAAAAUGGGUCUGGCACCGUAGAUGAUUCUUUAUGUAUUAGUUCCAUGAACGGGAACCUGCAAGGAGCCAAUCAUAGGACUGUUUGUAAGGGUGAACUAAUCCAGGUUAAUUUGUUAAAAUCUCUGAGUGCACAUGGUUGCCAAUUUGCUGUCAGUCAAACCUAUUCAGAUGACAGGUCAAGUACAUCAACAUCUUUAUCUGUUAAGCUGCCUCCAUUUAUUUUAUGGGUGGACUUCAAUUUGGUAAAUAUGCUGUUAGGUUUCUGUAACAACUUGGGUGACUCUUCUGAAAUAAGCCACAGCAAGAAUUUCAGGUCCAAUGUUUCGGGGGAGAAGCUUGAUUCCUCAUGUCGUGCAGAUGCGGUAAGAGGAACUUGCAAAUUUGGUACGACUGCUUCUCUAAAAGGAAGUUUCCAAGGGAAUAUCUUCAUUCCCCAUGGGAAAAUCAUAUUGUGUUUCCCUUCUGAGAAUCAUGGAGACUUCAGGCACUGUUACUGGGAUAAGUUUAUCGGUCUUGAUUUUUCUCCAUCACUGACUAUGGAAAAAGAUACACAGACUUCUCCAAUUCCAAAUGCAAGUCCUCAGAAGGGAUAUUCUUGUCCCCCCAAUUCCAUCGGUUUGAAUUUCGGGGACCUAAACAUCUACUUGAUCACUUCUGCAUGUAAAAUCAGUGUAGGAAAUGAUCUGUUUACCACUGACCAGCCGACCUUUUCUGCUGAGAAGAUUCUUUCUGCUACCAGGGGAACAGAUGGUCAUCAUUCUGCCAUCAGUAUGAUUUGGCAGGGUGGUCCUGUGACAGGGCCUUGGAUAGCAAGGAGAGCUUGGUGCCUGGCUACUUCACAAGAUUCAGGGAGAACCAGAAAUAAAAUGACAGGAAAAGGUUAUGAGUUUGCAUCUGCAACAACUGCAAAAGAUACAGAGCAGACAAAUUCUUGUGUACGACAGGAGAUGAUUCUGAGCUCUGCCUUUGUCCUGCACAUCUGUCUUUCCUUCGUCUGGAUCAAUCUUGGCAGUUCUGAAUAUAUACUGCUCCAUCGUCUUCUAAAUCAGGUCGUUGAUGAUUUUACACGGGCAGCCCAUGCAACGGAAGCUACUCUAGAUGAUAGGCUUAAGAAGGAACAUGCAUUUCCCAGUGAUGGCAAGUCAUCUCAAGUGUCGGUUCUUGUGGAAUGUGCUGUCGUGGAUCUUUCCAUUAACAUGGAGAAAGGGGUACAAUGUAGAAGUUCAAUACAGAAGGAACUCUCUGGUUCAUGGGACAGCCUAAGGCUGACAGUUGAUAAUUUUGAGUUGCUAUCUGUGUCAAAUACUGGAGGCAUUAGUAGUGCUAGUUUCUUUUGGGUGAGCCAUGAUGAAGGUGAGUUGUGGGGUUGCCUUAAUGGGAUUGACGACGAAGCUUCUGUAAAAAUGCAAGAUCUUCUGUUAAUCUCCUGUAAAAACUCUAUCAUGCGGCGGGGAAAUGGAGGAGGUACAAAUGUGUUAUCUUCUGGUUCUGCUGGUACCGCUAUUGUGCACCUGUGGGAUCCAAAAGCAUUCCGAAGUUUCACAUCCAUAACUGUCAGAUGUGGCACAAUCAUUGCCCCUGGUGGCCGUUUGGAUUGGUUCAGUGAAAUAUGCAGCUUCUUCAGUUUGCCUUCUUGUGAUAGUGAGCAAGCAGACAGCAGUCAGAGAAUGCACAAAGAUUUUUCUGAGAAUAACACAGCUGGUGGUGCAUCAUUCUUUCUUGAGUUGGUGGAUGUUGCUUUGAGUUAUGAGCCCCAUUGUAAAAAUUCAGUCGUCAAUGAUGGCGUUGUAGAAUCCGAGCGCAGUAGCCAUGCUAAACCCAUUGGAGAAUCUGGUAAACAGCACGUGGCAUGCCUUUUAGCUGCAGCUUCAUUGAAUCUCUCUAAUGAAACUGUUGCAAAUUUUGCUGCCAAUGACUACAGAAUAAGAUUACAAGACCUUGGGCUUCUUCUUUGUUCAUUAGCUGGGUCUGCAGAUGACAUAGGCACAUAUGAUGCAGAGUAUCUUUGCAAGAGUGGCUUUGUUAAAGUUGCUGAGGAGGCACUUGUGGAAGCUGUUCUGAGAACUAACUGCAACAAUGGCUUGUUAUGGGAAUUAGAGUGUUUGGAGUCUCAUGUGAAUCUUGAUACAUGCCAUGACACCACUGCUGGUCUUAUUCAUCUGGUUGAUCAAAUUCAGCAGCUUUUUGCACCUGAUAUCGAGGAAUCUGUAGUGCACUUGGAGACUAGGCGGAAUACAGUUCAGCAGGCAUAUGAUGGGCAUGAUACUACGAACGUUACAAGCAGUUCUUCUGCCUCUGCAGAUGUCUAUGGACAGUCCUCUAGUAGAGAUGCAGAGAGCAGAUCUGUUGUGGUUGGCCUGAUGGAUGGGAUUCUUGAAGAUGCUUUUUACUUGAAUGGAAGCCCGGCUGUUCUAUCUGAUUCUUGCGAACUGCAGUCUCAUAUUUCGUUAGAUGGAGGUCUGCCUGGAGAUGCAUCUGAUCUGAAGAUCACCACCCCUACAGCUGAUGACGUUUUCCCUCUAAAUGUGUCCUUCAACAGGUUAAUGCCUGGGUUCGGACUGGAUAAUAUUCAGGCUUCAGCAUCUCUACAGAAAGCAUGCAGUCCUGAAUUUAUUGAAGGAUAUUACAUAUCUGAGUUUCUGCCUAUGCCAAAAAUACCUGCAAACAGUGAUUCAUUGAAUGAAGUAGAUCUUGAAUUCAAAUCCAAGCAUGUUGCUUGUGUAGAUGUUGAAAGUGGAACAUGUGGAUGGUAUGAGGACAGUUCAUUGAGAAUAAUAGAGAAUCAUGUUUCAAGAGUAAGUGGUCAGCCUGCAGGAAAACAAAUACAUGAAAAAGGUGAGCUUCCUUCAGAUAAUUCUAUUAGACCUUCUGAGUCCUGCAAGCCAAGAGGACGGAUACUUCUUCAGAACAUUGAUGUUAGAUGGAAAAUGUAUGCUGGAUCUGACUGGCCUAACGACAGGAAGAAUGUUCCACUCGCUCAGAACACAGGUGGAAGGGAUGCAACAGUAUGUUUAGAGCUUAUGUUAUCUGGGAUGAGUAUUCAGUAUGACAUGUUUCCUGAUGGAAAUGUAUAUGUGUCGAAGCUUGUGCUCUCAGUCCAGGAUUUUCAUCUAUAUGAUAGAAGCAGGGAUGCCCCUUGGAAGAUGGUGCUGGGUUACUACCAAUCAAAGGAUCAUCCGAGAGAAUCCUGUGCAAAAGCAUUCAAGUUGGACUUAGAAGCUGUCAGGCCAGAUCCUCUGACCCCCCUGGAGGAGUACAGGUUACGUCUCGCAUUUCUCCCUAUGCGAUUUAACCUCGAGCAAGGCCAACUUGAUUUUCUCAUCAGCUUCUUUGCUCGCAACGAUUCGUCCUUCGAUCAGUCUUCCAAUCUUUCUACUGAUUUGGGUGGGACAAGAACUUUGCCUUCAAAUGGGGUGCAAACUAUCGUAGAGGAGGCAGUGCUUCCCUUUUUCCAGGCAAGUCUCUAUAUAUACCCAUUAUUUGUUGUGUGCCUAUCUGUUCUUGUUUAAG